GUUCGUUCGUUUACUCGCUCGCUCGCUCGCUCGCUCGUUCGCUUGCUUGCUUGCUUGCUUGCUUGCUUGCUCACACCCUCCUGAAUCCCUGACUUCGGUCGCGUUUCGCGCUAUCGUUACUUCUCUCUUCUCUCUUCUCUCUUCUCUUAUUCUUCUUCUUCCUGCUCUUCCUCUUCAUCCUUCUCCUCCACCACCUCUUCUUCCUCCUCCUCCUCCUCCUCCUCCUCCUCCUCUUUCUCCAUCUCCUCUUCUUUCUCCUCUUCGUACCGACGCGACUCCUCUUUGUCCAACGCGCCUUCUUUCAGUUCUUUCCUUCCGUUCCAUCCUCUUCGAACAAACCUUUAACCACCCUUCCUCCGUCCCACGGUGAUUGCAGUUCGAUCGCAAGUGAUCGUUGUUCUAGACGAAAAAAAGGAGAAAAGGAAAAAAAAGAAAAGAAAAAAGAAAGAAAGAAAGAGAGGGGAAGAGAAAAAAAAAACAAAACAAAGAAAGGAUCGUGUGAAAGCAACGCGAGGGUGAUCGAUCCUGCGCUCUCAACUAAAGAAGAAUAUACUCGCUCUACGAUCGUGCCAAGUCUUAACCCGGAUAGUGUUUUCCUGCUGGCAACGAAGAAUGGUUUAACACUUUCGUUUCUAUCUAAGAGAAUCUUGUGAACGACGACGUACAUACGACGAUGCUAUCGAUUCGACUACGUGACCGACGGAAGAACUUGCUUACGUUUCUACUGCCAAAGAGAAGUCACCGUGCUGAGUUCGAAUUCAAAAUCGGCGUUGACGUAGUCCAAGAACGAUCUCGAUUAUCUUCUUGCAUCGAAGAGAUUUUUCUUACGACGUGUGUCUUGACGCUGCCUUUGAACUCAUACCGGAGAGGCUAAGGUUCUUUUUCUUCUUUUUCUUUUUCUUUUUCUUCUUCUUUUUCUUCUUCUUCUUCUCUUCUACUUCUUCGAGAGCUCUUCGUGAUUUAUCGGAAGGAUAAAUUCGCGUCGAUCGACCACGUCGUGCUCUCUCUCUCUCUUUCUUUAUCUCUCUUUCUCUCUCUCUCUCUCUCUCUCUCUCUCUCCUUCUGCAACGACACGAUUGGAGCGUCGGACGACAGCAUCAACGGCGGCAAGAGAACCGGCGGAAUCCACCGCCGCGUUUCCAGCUGGUUAACCGAGCUCAGGUAGGUAAGAACGCAUCGGAAGAGAAGCCGACGAUCAUUAAAAUUUCUCGAGACCGAGGGCUGCUUUUACGCCGGGGACUGACAGAGAGAAUCCAGGACGAAGUGUGACACGGAACGAAGGCACGAACUACUCGUCCUACUUCCCAGAAAACCAGAGAUCUCGACUCUCCCUGCCUAAAAGUCCUUGACAACCGUGUCCAAACAGCUUUUCUUUAUCUUUUGUUUUUCCCUUUUUCCUGAGUAACGGUGAUUUCGCGAACGGAUAAUCAUGACCAAACAGGAUUAAUGAUUAGAUCUAUCCAACGUGAUUUCUCUUAUUCGAGUAUCUUGGAAUAUCCACUUGUCAUCCAAGAUAUUUUUUUCUUUUAUUAACGUCGUCGUUUAAUUUACGACGAAUUAUCUCUCUCUUUCUCUUUCUCUCUCUUUCUCUCUCUUUCUCUUUAUCUCUUUCUCUCUCUUUCAUCGUUUCACAUUAUCGAGCAACACCUGUCGAAAAGAUAAAAAAAAAAGCAAUUAAAAGGAAAAGAGGAAAGUAAAAAGAGAAAAAAGAAUUCUCUUUAUCUCUCUUUCUCUCUCUCUCUUUCUCUCCUUCUCUCCUUUCUCUCUCUCUCUCUCUCUCUCUCUCUCUUUCUCUCUCUCUCUCUUUCUCGACGGAAGGCGUCAGCUUCGUAACAAGGUGUACAGUGAUUCCAGGCAAUGUCACCUUCCAUUUAACUCGCGGAAAUCACGUGCAGCCGGCGCUCGUAAAGGACGUUGAGUUAUUGUGGCGAUCCGCAAGGUUCUACUAAUUAGCUCGCGGCCGAUUCGAAACUGAGCGAACGAGCGAACGUACGAACGAACGAACGAGCAAGCAAGCGAGCGAGCGAGCGAGCGAGCGAGCGAGCGAGCGAGCGAACGAGCGAGCGGACGAACGAACAAGCGAGUGUACGAGAAAGAGAAAGAGAGAAAGAGAAACCUCUACCCCGGGAGUCAUUCAUUAACGGGACAGCAGUCACGAAUUGUUUUCAUUCAUUGGUUCUUGCGUGUGCUACUAAGAAGUUGUGUCCUGAAUGAACGUAGUCGUUUGCUGUAAGCCGUUUCUUCGAGGGUUCCAGUCCUUGACACGGCUCAACCUUUAGGGAGAGGAUGUUAACGUAGAAAAGCUCGAUAAUAUUUUUAUGUAUAGUCGAUAUCGAUUGCAAAUAUAUGUUGAGAGUAAAGCUCGAAAAUGAAUGUAAAAAAGAAAAAAAAUAAUAAAUACAAUGUAAUACGCGUGUGGUAGUCUUCGAUGAGUGUAUCGGGAAACUAUAGAGUCGAAUAAUAAAACGGAUGAUAAAAUUGAAUGAUGAAAGAGAGAAAAGAAAGAAAGAAAAAAUAAAAAAAAGAAAAAAAUAAAAAAAAGAAAAGAAAAAAGAAAGGAAAAAAGGAAAAAAGGAUCGGCGAUGUCGUUGAUCGUGUUCGCAGAAUGUACUGGCGGAAACAGCGCUGGGUCAUGGCGAGAUGCUGAAGGAAGUCGGCUGCGGAAGUAGUACUCCCCCUGCUGGGGAUGGUGCCGUGAACAGCAACCGUCCGGUUGGCACGGCGGAGAGCAACAGCUCGGAAAGCACCCUUGGCUGCGGUGGCUGCGGAAGGGAAAUAGCCGAGCGUUGGUACCUAAGGGCUGCCGAUCGUGCCUGGCACUGCGGUUGUCUUCGUUGCUGCAAUUGCCGGAUGCCUCUCGCAGGCGAACGUACUUGUUUCGCGAGGGACGGCAACAUAUACUGCAAAGAGGAUUACUACAGAUUGUUCUCCGUAUCGAGAUGUUCCCGAUGCCGUGAGGGUAUCUUCCCGUCGGAGCUGGUGAUGAGAGCAAGGGACCUGGUCUACCACGUGACCUGCUUUAAUUGCGCCUCCUGCGGUACAGCUUUGAACAAAGGCGAUCAUUUUGGCCAGAGAGACGGCUUGGUAUAUUGUAGACCGCACUACGAGUUGCUUUGCUGCGCCGGGGAUUACGGAAGCGGUACUGGCAGCAUCGAAGACAUCGGUUCGCCAGGAGUCUCGCCGCUUCCGGCUUAUUACAGCACGGCCGAGCAGAGUCCGAUCGCGUCCUCGGGGACGGUACAAAAGGGAAGGCCAAGGAAGAGGAAGCUUUCCGAAGUCACCGGGUCCGAGCUUCCUGUAACAAUGAGGCUGGCCGCCGGAGCGCUGGAACUUCUACAUCCGACCGAGUUAUCCUCGUCGAUGGAAUCGCUCGCAGCAUACGACGCAUCCGUAGGCUCGCCCGGGCCCGUUCAUCAGAGCCAAAGAACUAAACGCAUGCGUACGAGCUUCAAGCAUCAUCAACUGAGAACGAUGAAGAACUACUUCGCCAUAAAUCAGAAUCCAGAUGCGAAAGAUCUCAAGCAAUUGGCACAGAAGACGGGUCUCUCGAAGAGGGUGCUUCAGGUAUGGUUUCAAAACGCACGCGCAAAAUGGCGGCGGAAUAUGAUGAGGCAAGAGGGUAGCGGAGCGAGUAGUAACGUUGGCUGUCCUGGUACGCCGGUGUCAUCGAGUACAGCAGGUUCGCCAAACGUCGCACCAACCGUUAGCAUCCUAGGCGACAGUAACAGCAUGCCCUCGACCUCGAUGGAGGAACUGCACGCCCUUCAUCAUUUGCAUUCUGGUGUUUCCUCUCAGGUCUCUUUUUCCGAUCUCUACUGACGACGGCUUGAGAUGGAGGAAGACGGUUAUAGUACCCUCUCCAGCCAUCUUGGAUGAGAAGACGCCAAGGAAGAUACGGACUUCUCUUUUUUCUUAUUACGAGAUGACAUUCUCGUCAAGUUUGUGAGGGUUCGUGAGAAUAACGGCGUAGCAACGUCGAUGAAAUCCUUGCUUUAUUAUCAUUCGACUAAUUCGAAUAUAAAUUCUAAAUAUUCAAAGGGAAAUAAAAACUAACGAUGAACUUGAUCUUCGUUAGAAAUACAAGAGCAAGAGAGAGAGAGAGAGAGAGAAAGAGAGAAGUCUAAUCGUCGACUUGGAAAAUCGUAUAGAAGAGAAAAGAGAUUAGCUUUAAAAAAUAAGUGAUAAUAACCAUAGUUCCAUGCACAUUCAGAUUACCAAAGGGUUUCUAAACGAUAGUCCACCCUCCCCCACCUCUCUCGAGGAGAAACGUACUAACGUAGCUGUGCGAGAGAAACGUCAUUAGAAAGCGAUUAACGAUCCAUCGAUGAAUAUUCUCGAGUAGGAUCUCGAUAUUAUUAUUCCGAUUAUUAUCUAAUAUAUCACGAGAGUGUUCCUCCAUCGCGAUAAUAAAUUUUAAUUAAUCGUUCUUAAUUAAUAUGAAAUUCGAUUAUCUACGGUUUGUAACUAAGUACUCACUUACGUACACCAAUCGAUAAAAAGAUAUCACGAAUUUUUUUUUCUUUCCAAUUUUUCUUCUCGUCUUCUUUUUUUCUUUUCUUUUUCUUUCUUUUCUUUUCUUCUCUUUCUGUUUUUUUUUUAUUUCUUUUCUUUCCCUUUUCCCUCGUUACGAGCAUUGUUCGAGAGAACGUCGAGAACGUAUGUUAGGUACAAUCGGACGAACGUGAUAGUUGAAAAGUGAAAAUCGAUAAGAGACAAGAUAUUAUAGAAGGAAAGAUAAAAAGAGGGAAAAAGACACAAAAGUAAAUGCGACGAAGACGAGACUAACGAGAUCGAAAAAGAAAAGAAAAAAGAAAAAGAGAGAGAAAGAAAGAAAGA